AUGACUACGAGUAUUGAAGCUAAGAAUAAGUUAGGAUUUGUGGAUGGCUCUAUCAUUCGACCUGCGGAAACUGAUCCUUACUAUCCUAUCUGGAAGCGAUGUAACAGUAUGGUGAAAUCAUGGAUGCUUAACAGUGUGAUGAAGCAGAUCUACUCAAGUAUCUUGUACUUUGCUACCGCUGCAGAGCUCUGGAAAGAUCUGUACACUCGUUUUCACAAGUCUAAUCUCCCACGAUUGUAUUCGCCAACAGAUUCAUUCGCUUCGUCAAGUAAUUAUGACACUGUGCGUAGUCAGAUACCGAUGAAGAAGAGCCUGCCGUCUUUGUCUGAAGUCUACAAUAUGCUCGAUCAAGAUGACUCUCAAAGGUCGGCUGCUAUACCUCCAUUGUCUGGCACUCUUGACUCCUCAGCAUUUCAAGUUACUCAACAGCAAUCUCAGGGCACAUCUUCUGGUGGAUAUAACUUUCAGAGAGGAAAUAAGCCAGUGUGCACUUUCUGUGGUCGAACUGGUCACGUUAUGGAUAAGUGUUACAAGAAAAAUGGCUAUCCUGUUGGUCAUCCUCGUUUCAAGUCUUCACGGAUCAUCCCUACAGCAGCUAACAUCAUUGCUGAGAAUGAUUCUGACGGUAGCAUCAUCACAGAAACUCCAAAACUGAGUGAUGAUCUCUCCACAGAACAGAUGCAACAGAUAGUUUCCUUCCUCAACACCAGAAUCCAUAGCUCUGCUCCCACACCUGAAGUUCAUGCGGUUUCAGUGUCUUCCAUCCCUUCUUCUUUACCUAAUGGUCCAACACCUGGAUCUUUCUCGGGACUUAAUGAUUGGAAUGGGUAG